GACGGGAACUAAUGCGCUGCAGCGUUUCACACGGAGCCUUUAAAGCGCAGCACGCUCUGUGGACAGAACUUUACGCGGUGGAUUUUUGAAUGAAGGAUUAAAAAUAGUUUAAAUAGGACCCGAAGAAGUUCUUGAGGACUCUAAACGGAAAAGACGCUAAGAGACGAAGAUAUCAGCAAGUGCAAAGAUGACCCACCUACUCAGCCUCAUUUGAGGACAUUUCCAGGGACAUUAAUAGGAGACAGAAGACGCAGCUUUCAGCCAAGCUGGUAUGAAAGUCAUCCUUGGGUUGAAUAUUCGGUUUCAAUGGACUCUACUUAUUGUCAUGCAUGCAGACAUUUUAGCCCACCAAGUAGCGCAGGAAGUGUGUUUGACUCUCAGUGUGGAUUUAGAAACUGGAAAAAAGCAACUGAGAGAGGAGGGGGGUUUUCAGUACACGCAAAGUCUGAAAGGCAUAAGGACUCAAUGAUAGCGUGGAGGGACUACCAGAGGGCUGUGAAAGCUAAUACAACAUUGGCUAAUAUACUCGACAAGGAACACAGUAAAAAGGUUAAAGAAAAUCGUGAGUAUAUCAGAACAAUUGGUGAAGUGAUUUUGCUUACAGCCCGGCAAAACAUAGCACAGAGAGGACACAAUGAGUCUGAGGAAUCAAAUAACAAAGGCAACUUCAGGGAAAUUCUUGAAAUGGUUGCAAAUCAUGAUCCAGCUGUUAAACGUAGACUCACAUCCAUUCACAACGCAAAAUACACAAGCAAGGUCAUUCAAAAUGAGGUUCUUGAUUGUUUGGCAGAAAUGGUACGCUCUGAAAUCAUUGAAGAAGUGAAAAGCAGUCAGUAUUUCAGCAUCAUGGCAGAUGAGACUAAAGAUGUUUCAAAACAGGAGCAGAUAUCAUUCAUACUCAGGUAUGAUGGAGCUAUCAAGGAAAGUUUUCUCCAUUUUGAAUCUGCAGAAAGACUAGAUGCAGUGGGCCUUACUGAAAAGAUAGUCAACCUAUUGGAACACCAUGGAUUAGACUACAAAAACCACCUUAUAGGCCAAGCAUAUGACGGUGCUGCUGUAAUGAGUGGUAAGCAUUCUGGGGUCCAGGCUAAAAUUAAAGAGACAGCUCCAUUUGCAUUUUACAUCCAUUGCAGUGCCCACUGUCUCAAUUUAGUAUUAGUUGAUUCUAUCAAAGCAGUCCCAGAAGCAGAGGAAUUUUUUGCUCUGUUACAGAGUCUCUAUGUUUUUACUUCUGGCUCAUAUGUACACCCCAAAUGGCUGGCUGUGCAAAAUGAGAUGUAUGGCAGCACAAGAGAGCUACAAAAAUUAAGUGACACAAGAUGGGCUUGCCGAUUCAUUGCUCUACGCAACAUAAUGGACAGAUUACCUGCCCUAAAACGUGUCCUGCAAGAGACUGCACAAGAGCGCAGGGGAGAAAAAUCUUCUGAGGCUCGAGGUCUUCUGGCACAGAUUGACCUAGAAUUUGUUGUGCAUCUUGUUACGCUCCGUACAUUGUUCGGGGAAACAAAGCUUCUUUCAGAUAUGCUGCAGUCCUCAACUGUUGACCUCUCAAAAGCAGCCGUUUAGUUGAAGGAUUAGUGCAGACUUUAACAGAUUUCAGGCAGGAGUCCUUUUUUGACAAGUUGUGGGGGGAAGUACUGAACAUUUGUGAACAGUGUGAUGCUGCCACACAGUCGGAAGCAAAACGACAGAUAAAGACAAGCUCCAGACUUCGUGAGUACCACAUACUAAGCUCAGUUGGUCAGAGGGAGCUGGCCUCUGACAAAGAAACUUAUCGGUCUUCUUUUUUUAUCCUGUCAUUGACUGCAUGCUAAGUGAACUGAGCAGACGUUUUUCAAAGACCAGUUGUGAGCUGAUGAGCAGUAUUCGAUCUCUUAACCCUAAAAGUGAUGCUUUUUUGAAAGACACCACUUUGAGUUUGGUCAUCUUUUUGAUGCUAAUAUUGAGGAUCUGGGGCAUGAACUGCAUCAGUUCAAGAGACUUUUGGAUAGAAAAAUAAAGACUGGUGUGGUUGAAAAGCUUUCUGAUACAGUGGAGUUGAUCCGUUUCACAAGGAGGUAUUUUACGAGUUCUUUAGACUGUGCAAAAUCGCAGUUGCACUCCCAGUAAGUUCUGCCUCUUGUGAGCGGAGUUUUUCAACAUUAAAAUUAGUAAAAACCUACCUCCGGUCUACCACUACAGAUGAGCGCCUUAGCAAUCUAGGGGUGCUAAGCAUUGAAUCCAGAAGGGCCAAGGCUCUGAAUCUUGAAGCAUUUGUAGACCGUUUUGCAAGACAGCACAAACGUAGAAUACUGUUAUUGUAAUGGGACAGAUUACUGUGUGACCAAUUACUGUCACAUCUUGAUGAUGAUUUAUGCUGUAAAACUAAAUCAGCAAAAACUUACACAAAAGAAGUGUGUGUGUGUGUGUGUGUGUGUGUGUGUGUGUGUGUGUGUGUGUGUGUGUGUGUGUGUGUGUGUGUGUGUGUGUGUGUGUGUGUGUGUGUGUGUGUGUGUGUGUGUGUGUGUGUGUGUGUGUGUGUGUGUGUGUGUGUGUGUGUGUGUGUGUGUGUGUGUGUGAGUGAGUGAAUGUUUAUUUUUCAUAUGUACAGUUCAUGUGCAGAUAUUUUAUUUGUUUGAAUGUUUAUUUUUCAUAUGUACAGUUCAUAUAAUCUUCUAAUAAAGUCACAAACUAUAAUAAUUGACUAGAAUUGUUUUUUUUACUCAAGUCUCAUGUUACUGUGAAGCAUUCAGAAUUGUUAUCUGAGUACCAUAAAAACAUGCCAGUUUUACUUUCACAAGUAAACCAUUACUGCAUUUGCCGUAAUAGUUUACUUGUUCAUUGUCUUUUAUUAUGAUUUUUUUUUCUUGUGCCCCCAUGAAAAAAUACUGGCCCCACUGUGGCCCCCCUGGAAAA